AUGUUACCUUUUGGCCUUCGCCGCGGGCAGCUGGGCCGCAACCACAUGCCUCCAGAUCUUCCAAACAACGUGACCAACAACUCCGGCUCCGAUCCUGAAGAAGCCCCAGCCGAAGAUCUACCAGAGCCAGAAUCAGUGAUCUUCUACCCAAAUCUAUGGGACGUCCUCAAAGUCCGAUAUACACUACAAUGGAAGCUCACAAAAGGCCUACCGGAAGAACUAAUCGACAUGAUCGUGGACGCAGCCGAGUACUGGCCUUCCGUGGAGCACAAGAUGCAAGACCAGAAGGUUGUCCAAAAAGACUGUGAUCAAACCCUCCUCAAGACAGUACCACUUUGCUACGAUCGAAACAGCCUAGGAAAAGUCAUACCCCCAAAGCCCCUCCCCCACCGCGGUGCCCACCCCUGUCGCAAGAUAAUCUUCAAACUCUCAUCCCGCGACCAAGGUGGCGGCCGACGCCGCGAGAACAUGUACCAAUUCUCAUGGACAUGGUUCGAUACGGAAGUUAUCAAGGCUGCGCACGAGCGAAAGAUGUAUAUCAACGGCGAAGAGCAAGCAAUACUUGACAACGAGGGUGGUCAGAAGCGGAAACAUUACACCGAGGCUGAUGCGCUCCUUCUCCCGCGCGGUAAUAAGUUGCAGGUUAAUGGUGCUCAUGUUGGGGAGAUGCAGCAUGUUGAGAUUGUUUGGGAUUAUCGGGAUGGGAUUCCACCUGAGUCGACCGAGGCUGAUGAAGCUGAGAGGGAUCUUGGACGGGGGAGGCUUACGCUUGAUGGACGGGGGGUGCGUGAGUUGGAGAUUGGGGAUUCUAUUGCUCUUUGGGCUAGGGCUCGGUUUCCGGGGUGGUCUAAUCAUGUUGAGAGGGCUUCUGUGAGGGUUUUCUGGGCUGUUUGA